ACUCCUCAACCCUCACACCUCACUGCAGCAGCAGCCGCGAGCGACCGACUCGCGACUCGCGCCUCGCCGCGUGCAGCGUGCAGCAGGCAAGCACCAGCGCAGUGCAUUUCUGUCUCAGAGCUGUGACAACAAACUCCCUUGAACACACACAUCUGCACUGCCACGGCAAAGACGGACGGUAUCCACGCACUCUCGCGCUCUCUUGCAAGAAGUCGUUGUCCUCGUCCUCGUCGCCGCCGCCGCCGCCGUCGCAGUAGCAACCUCCCCCUUCCCCUUGUGCUCCUCCUCGCAUUCUUCUUGAUCCUUGCCAUCUCUUCGUCGCCAUCGCUCGCGCAACAACACGUUUAAUACCCAUGUGCUGACAACAAUUUCCUCUUCGCACUUCGACCUUGCAUCGCGUUCAUCUCGCACCUAUUUCACCCACUCGCGCCACUCUGGUCGCCAUCACAACCACAACACAACCAUCACCUCCCACUCACCCACCCCCUUCAACCGCCCCGCCGACCCCGUUGGUACAUCAGUUCUGAUGCUCUGCCUCCCUUUCCCACCAUCCUCACCGCACGACCUCUCUCCGCUAUCCGUCUCCCCGCACGAACUCUCCUCGCCCCGACCUCGUCUCCCCAUUCCGAGAAGCGCCCUUUCUUCAUCCUCAUCCGCGCCGCCCUCGCCAUCGACAACGGCAACAGCAGCCCAGUGUCGCCCUAUUGCAGUCUUGAAGCGGCCGCGUGCUCUUGACGCUGCCCCUGUCUCCACACUGCCGCCGUCGUCGUCGACAGCGCUCCACCCGGCGAAGCGCUUUAGACGCGACUCUGAGAGCAACGUCAAGCCCAGCCACCCCUUGCGCGAUUCACCCCGCCGACGAGCCUCCUCUGUUUCCGCUCACAGACCUGCCCCUCUACGCCUCUCAUUGUCCAUUCCAAUGGGCCCUCCAACAACAGUGGGCUCUGGCAACGAGCCCUUGGAAGAUAGUGGAGAACAGACCGUCACAAUAAUGCCCGCCUCGCCAAAGGCCUUCUCCCGCUCCACCACGCCGCUCACCUCGAGCCUCAUCAACGGCAUUCAAGAUGUCCGACUCGCGUCGCCCAUGCCUACGGAGCUGCUGUCAGCAGAGGCCCCCACCCCCUCAACAACAUCCACACUCACGCCCAAGAGCUCAUUCUCGGCUCGCAAGUCGUCGCCCCCGUCGCUCCCACCCGUCUUGAGCUUGAAACGUUUGAACCCAAAGGGCCUCUCCUUGUCCCUCGGCGGCGCAACGUCCUUCCACAACUCAUCCACUCCCUCGACCGGCAACUCGACCCCGACCCCGACGACCGCGGCCUCGCAGCAGGCAGCGGGACCGUCGCAAACCCCGCUCACACCAGGUCCACCACGGACACCAGCCCUUGCCGUCACGUCGCUUGGCCGCAACACGCACAAAUCGCAUCGUCGGCCAAGUCUUCUCAGCCUCAUCACUCACCCUCCCGGCGGAGACGACAUGCCUGUCCCACCGACCCCUGGAGGCGCGCCCUACCACUAUCCUGGAAUGAGAAGCCGAGGUCAUGCCCGGAUGCGGAGCGCGGGCACACCGUCGGGAACAUAUGCUGAAGUCCCUGACCCGCGGACAUCACAGUCGGCCUACCCCUCCCUACGGAGCGUUCCCACCAUUGAGGAGCGCGGCAGCGGUCCCAGUGUCUCAAGCUCUUGUUCCGACACGAGUGCCGUCCCGCCCAUGUCAACGUCGGCCAGCCUUACGUCUUCGUCUGCUUCAGCCACCGACUCGCUGAGCUUGUCGUCGACUUCGCCUGCUAUUAGCGGCGAAUCCUUUGACAUGGGAUAUCCUCAAACCUCGUUUGAGCCAUACUGCGACGGCCCGGUUGAGCUCGUUCCUGGCGUGUGGCUUGGCGCUGAAGACUCCUUCUGGCGCUGGGACGUCUGGGCUCCGACGGCGACCCGCGUGGCUGUCAUCAACGUCGCCCAGGAGAUUGAGAACCCGUUUGACGAGUCUACAAGAGACGACGGCUGGGAAUGGCCCCAACCCUCGGUUACUGCCGGCUCCAAGAAGCCCAAGGUUGUCAUCAAGUCAUACCCGGCCGAGGACGACCGACCAGCAGUCGACUAUGCCCAUCUUCGCUGGUCUCAUGGUGAAGCCGGCCUCGCCGACGUGCCCGACACUGCCUCGCUCACCGAGCUCAUCAACGGAGGCGACUACACCGGUGGUGACGAGACCGACGACAAGUGGCGGUUCUGGGAGGCCAUCCGCUGGCUCGAGGUCCGCCGCAAGGCUGGCACCCCAGUGAUUAUUCACUGCCAGUGCGGUGUUUCACGCUCAGCAACCCUAGCUGUCGCCUACGUCAUGACCCUUGCGGCUGCUGGUGCCAUGCCAGAGCAACUCAACAAUCUUCGUACCAUGCAGGACGCCUACGACUUUGUCAAGGGCAAGUCGGCUUGGAUGGGUCCCAACGUGUCGCUCGUCUUCCAGCUGGUCGAGUACGCCCGCAACCUGUCGACAUUACUAUCGACACACGUCGAGAAGAGUGGCAAGACGUGGACAACAACAUGGCCCACACUGGUCGAAGUGGAGAGCGAAGAUGACUGGGCACAGCGUCGACGUGCCUUUGGAGAGGAAGUCGACAGCCCAGGCGGUGCGUGGGAUGAGGCCCGCGCCCUCGACGAGGCCAUGUCGGUCAGAGCGGGUACUGCGAGGCGAGAAUAGAGCGAGGAGGGAGUGAAGUGAGAAGGAGUAGUGCACGGACAUCCAUUCGACACGAGCCAGACGACGUCGACGACAUGGGCAGCAAGCAAUACGGACGUUUCUGGCCCCACAAUGACACCAUCAACCAUUUUCCAUCAUCGAGUCGGCCACCCUAGAGAGAGAGGGAGAGAAUGGGCCAU